CUUAUUGUGUCCUCCGCCCCUCCACUUCUUCACCCUACCCUCCAUCUCCAGACCUUCUGUCUUCUCCCGUCUCCCUCCAUCAUCCUUUCCUCUUGCUGUCUUUUCCUUUCCUUUGCAGCUAUCCAUCAGUUCAUUCAGCUGGCAGAAUGGUAAUGACAGAUCUUCUAAAGCCUGAGGAGAUCAAGAAAGCUCUUGAUUCCUUUGCAGCGGAAACCUUUGACCCCAAGAAGUUCUUUGAGAUGGUGGGAAUGAAGGCCAUGUCAGCUGAAAAUGUCAAGAAGGUCUUCCAGGUUCUGGAUGUGGAUGGUAGCGGAUUCAUAGAGGAAGAGGAACUCAAGUUUGUACUGAAGGGAUUUGCAAAGGAUGGUAGGGAUCUGACGGAUGCCGAAACAAAAGCAUUCCUCACAGCCGCGGACAAAGAUGGCGAUGGCAAAAUCGGCAUUGACGAGUUUGAAGCCUUGGUUCACGAGUAAGGGGAUAGCUGAAGCCCCUUCUUCCUCCGUCUCUUCGUUCACGCAUUUGUCAACGCCCAACUUCAUUCUCUUCCUGCCUCCCUCUGGACCCCACUUAUGGAGUCAGACCAGGCCCGUUCUCUACGAAACGCUAACAAUAACGGGCCAACCGGGAGUCACAAGGAAGAGAAUCAUCCCGGCAGUGCAUCGGCUUCCUUCAUCAUUUUUUAUAUAUUUAUUUAAUUGAACAUGCUGUACAGAUUCCAGAAUCGUCAUUAAUGAAAAAGGAGGAGUGUGUGGUAUAACAAAAACGGGUGGUAAUAGUGCUGUAGGUGGUGUAGAUGUUCAAGACUCCUUUAAUCUCGGUUUCUUUUCUCUGUCUUAUGGCAGGUUGUGCAUUAUGUUUUCACUGAUUUUAUUUCUGGAUGUUCAUAUAUCAGUUCACUUUCCUCCCACUGCUCCUCCUCCUCCACCCUUCCUGACCUUCCUCCUCUCACCUCUGUCCCUUCCUCCACCUCCUCCUCCUCACUUCCAAACUCUAAACAGAUGAUGUGGUAAAAAAAAAAAUGCAUCUAUAAGGAGAGCUGUGAAGAGAGAAGACACCAGUAAGAAAUGAUAAUAAAAAAUAAAAAAAAUUUGA